GGGGUUUAUUUCUGCUGCACAAACAGAACAAAAACCUAAGCCUGACAAACUCAACAUCAUUCUCUACAGCAGACUUUGCUGCUAGCUCAGCACCUAUCCUGGGGACUGGGAAAGCAACAUGGAGCGUGGUCUCAACUGCACCCAACGCUGACUGGUCUCUCAAGCUGAGCAUUAGGAUUUGCUGUUUACAGCCAGGAUUUUUAUUCUUCUAACAAGUGUUCUUUGCAAAGUUCUUGCUAUAGUGAAGCUACUAGUAGAAAGUGCUGCUUAACCAAAGGGGAAAUAAAAAUAGUACACAGUCACAGUUGGAGCUGUGCUUUUACUUGCCAAGGGUGAGAGGAGAGAAAGCAGCAGGGUGGAUGAAUCUGGCAAGCAUCUCCUCUUAACCUACCUAGUGGUGACACCAUCUUACGUGAGAGUAGAUACACACACAAUGGGGAGCAGAUCACCUGGAUUCAGAAACACCUCAGCUGGGUACCAGUUAUCAGCAACCAAAUCAUUGGUGGAACUGGCCUCAUCCUCAUCCUCAUCUCCUGCUUUCAGCAGCACCCAGCUUGGAAGAGCUGUUACAGCCACCAAGGCAGCCCGGGCCCGGGAGGAAGAACAAGUAGCCCUGCGGCAGGACCAGGUUCGACAGGACAAAAUUUGGAGGGAGUUUGUGGAGGCCGAAUGGAGGGGAAGAAAGUGUUGGUAUCAAAAUUGGAGUUUCCUGAAGGACUAUGACCCAUUGGGCAAGAAAAAGGAGCAGAAACCACUGCCAAAAUUUGUUUCUGUGUUUUCCGAAACAAUCCCCAACACCACCAACCAGGCUAUCGGCAGCAGAAUGAACACUGAAUUGGGCAGGAUGCUAGUGAACAUGGAUUACUUCAUCAACAGUGGAGGACGAAAGAAGAAACUUGAAAAUGAGCUUCAGCCUUGUUAGUGGUAGAAAGAAAAUGCCACCAACAUUUUUUUGCAAGAAUCCAUAUUAAGGAAUGUAGUAGGUGGAGUAAUAAUGCAUCAAAUGUUUCCCAGAAAGACUGGUAUCAUUGCUCCACAUGACAUUUUUUCAAGAGUAAAAAUGAACCUUGUUCCUGAAAGCCUU